CUAAACCCGUAUUUAACAUCAAAGUACUCCGCCCCGAUAUCUAGGGUUGCGUCGAAGACGAGUGCACAGCACACCGAGGCGAGUAGGCGGCGGUGGUAGUGCGGUUUGCCAUGGCGACGCAGAUGAGCAAGAAACGAAAGUUUGUGGCGGAUGGAGUUUUCUUCGCCGAGUUGAACGAGGUCCUGACUAGAGAGCUUGCGGAGGAUGGGUAUUCGGGUGUCGAGGUAAGGGUUACGCCCAUGAGAACUGAGAUCAUUAUUCGUGCUACUCGCACUCAGAACGUACUCGGCGAGAAGGGUAGAAGAAUCAGGGAGUUAACGUCGGUGGUGCAGAAAAGAUUCAAAUUUCCUGAGAAUGGCGUUGAGCUCUAUGCAGAGAAGGUGAACAAUAGGGGGCUCUGUGCCAUUGCUCAAGCUGAAUCGCUGCGCUACAAGCUUCUUGGUGGCCUUGCUGUUCGAAGGGCAUGUUAUGGUGUGUUGAGGUUUGUCAUGGAGAGUGGUGCAAAAGGAUGUGAGGUAAUUGUGAGUGGAAAACUUAGGGCCCAGCGAGCUAAAUCUAUGAAGUUCAAAGAUGGGUACAUGAUUUCUUCUGGUCAGCCAGUCAAGGAAUACAUUGACUCAGCAGUGAGGCAUGUUCUCCUUAGACAGGGUGUUCUUGGAAUCAAGGUCAAAAUUAUGUUGGAUUGGGAUCCGAAAGGGAAGCAAGGCCCCACCACCCCUCUUCCUGAUCUCGUCACCAUCCAUCCAGCAAAGGAUGAAGAGGAAUACCUUAAGCCAGCACUGCUGGUGCCUGCAGAUAUUCCCGUUGCCUGAUCUCAACUCCUUUUCCCAUGCCUUUUACUCUUUAGAGAUGUUCACUUCCUCAUGACUUGUAAUGAGAAGGUUGUCUUUGCUUUAGCCUUUAUUUUUUUUAAGGAUUUCAGACUUAUUCUAAAUUAAUGUUAAUUGUGUUUGCUGGUCCUUUUGCUUCUGUAAUUUUCUUUUACUGAAAAGUAGGCUCUCAAAUAAACUUAUAUGGAUAUUUGUUGUAUUUCUCUAGGGUUUAAUUAUGAUUAUACUGGAGUGGAGUGACUAAAGUAAAGCAUGUUAUUGGCUUCUGACUCU